AUGCGGGUUCCUGUUUCUCCGCACCCUUAUCGAUACCAGUCUGAAAACAGAAAUAAAGGGCUGGCGUCCCUACCCCAAGGAGCCCUGUCACCGCCAGCGGGAAGACAAACCCAUCCUAACCCCCUCAGCAGUGCGGGGGCCUCGGCCGACGGCUCUGACUCCGGAGGCGAGUGCGCAACGGAAAUCGAGAAGGACUUUUCGCCUUUGUUAACACCUUGGGCCUCCCUUCCGCUCCUCCCAGCAUACAUAUUCUCAGCGUUCCCUUCCCCCGACGUUCCGAGCUCCAGGAGCGAGGCGGGGAGGGGAGGGGUGAGCCGGCGCGGCGGGCGGCGCUCCGGGGAAGCGGCUCCUCGCGGCCUUCGCGCGGCGCCCGUGGCCGGUGGGUGGCGCCCCGGGCCGGCUCGCUUCUCCCCGGAGGCGCGGAGGAUGCAGCCGCCCGCGCUGCCGGGGCCCGGGCCCGUGGCUCUGCUGGAGGCCGCAGAAGAGUUUGCAAAAAGAAAGAAGACUUCCUUUUGGUUUGCAGUCUCUCUCCUGGUGGUGUCCAUCUUCAUACUGACCAUAGGUCUUGCUGCGACGACCAGAACCGAGAAUGUGACCGUGGGAGGUUAUUACCCAGGAAUCAUUUUGGUAGCAGCCAUUGUAUUUAUCAGCUUUGGCAUGGUGGCGGCAUUCUGUUGUGCCAUAGUGGAUGGCGUCUUUGCUGCUCAACAUAUAGAACCAAGGCCUAUCAGCACUGGAAGAUGCCAGUUUUAUUCAAGUGGGAUAGGCUACUUAUAUGAUGUCUACCAGACAGAGGUCACCUGUCACUCCUCAAAUGGCAAGUGCCAGCUGAAGGUGAAGAGCAACACCUGUUACUGCUGUGACCUAUACAACUGCGACAACACAGAGUACUCUCCAAGCUACUAUGAGUUUGUUGGCGUGAGUGGCUGUCAGGAUGUGAUCCACCUCUACCGGCUGCUGUGGUCCUCGGCAGUGUUCAACGUCCUCGGCUUGUUCUUGGGCAUCGUCACAGCAGCUGUGCUGGGGACCUUCAAGGAGAACGUGGUGAGUUAA